CGCGUCUCACAAGCGUCAGCGAGACUCUCACAUGUCUUAUCUAUCGGAUGAACAGGACACAUGAGAGAAGACGACGCGCCAGCUGACCAGUCCGUCGGCGCGUGGAAGGGUGGAAAAAAUGCAACAGUGUAGCUACAGCAGCGCCCGAGCAACUGACUACCGUGGAAAACCUUCAAUGCACAGGCAGCCAGACGGCCAGGGCAAACAACCAGGGGCGUCCCAACGAACACACGGCGCUCUCUCAUCGGCCAGCUUGCAAGGCCACAGAAAAAGGUCGCUGGCCAGACAGGUAAGCAACCAAGGGAGAGUCUCAGGGAGUAAGGAAUCAAGGGAGGGACUGAGGGGUCUGUACAGGAAGCCAUGGAUAUGCAGUCAGCCAGGAGAGACAGCCAGUGGAAGGAACAAAACUAUGGAUAGAUGGCGGGGUGGCUGGCUGGAGAAACAAAGACGAGAGAGAGAGAGAGAGAGAGAGAGGGAGAAGAAAGAAAGAAAGAAAGACAAAGCGAGUCGGCCAGCACACGAGGACACCCCGGGCAGACAGGGCCUAUUUGCGGUUGAUGAGUCGCGGGUUCUUUGUGACUGGCUGGCGAAACAUGAAGAGGAGCUCGCUGAACCGUACUCGUUCGGUUCUCGCCGGCCGCCGUGGGUAGCCCCACUUGUCAGCAGCAGCAGCAUCAGCCGCUGCGUGGUCAGCCGAGAAUUUGUCGUGUCGUUGUGUGGGGAGAGUCUGGAUGACGGCUUCGUUGGUGUCCAGGUCGUCUUUCAACGGCUGCUGGCUCUCGGGGAGGGCCGAGCCGAUCUGACGCCACACAUACUCGCGAAGCUGAUCCUGCACGCGACACCACACCACAUCAAACACGAGAUGCGAUGCGAUACGGCGACAUUGCUUCGAACGAAUGCCUCUCUCUGUGUGUGUGUGUCUGACCUCGGUGAACCCGGUCGGGUGGAUCUUUGGGUGUAUGUGCAGCUUCACGGUGCCUGCCGCGGGCUUGAGGGGCACCAAGGCGGUCGGCGGCAUCAUGGCAUGGGUGCCCUCUAUCGUUACCGGCACCACUGGAAGAUUCAUCUGAUGGAUGGAUGGAUGGACAGAAAGACAUGCAUGGUGCAGGUGUGUCUGUGUGUCCUUCCUUCCUCUCGACACACCCAUCCAUCCAUCAGCCACCCACGCACCCACCUGUUGGGCGAGUUUGAAUGCUCCUCCUUUGCCAAACGGCUUGAGCCGCCCGUCGCGGCUCCUGGUGCCCUCCGGGAACACGAAGAGGGGAUACCCUGUCUUCAGAAUCUGCUGGCACUGGCGGUAUGCCUUGAUUUGCGACCGCUUGUCGUCGCGCUCGAGGAUGACCUGGUCGGAGAGCAUGAUGGAGAGGCCCAGAAUGGGCACCUUCAGCAGCUCCGCCUUGGCCACGAACUUGUAGAACCUUGGCAGCAUCCCCACCGCAGGAAUGUCCAUCCAACUCGCGUGAUUCGCCACGUAACUGAGGAGGACAGCAGGCAGAAACAACCACACAUCGAUGGGCGAAGCAAGCGGGCGACGGGCGGCUCCCCUUCCCUCUUCCUUUGGCUUACACGCAUGUUUCGUUGUUGGGUGGGAGGUUCUCGGGGUUGACGAUGACGGGCAUGGAGUUAAUGGUCGUCAGCAUGAAGAAUCCCCACAGCCGGUUCAGCGCAUCGAUGCUACGUCGGGCGGGGUCCAGCGUCAGGCCGGCGCGGUCGCUCAGCUCCAGCACCCCCCCACACACCAGCAGCCCCAGGGCCCACCAGAUCGACCAGAACAGCGUCUCGAUGAAGUAUAGCACCCCGAACGCGUUGACCGACAGACCGCCUAUCGAGAACAGACCAUUCAUUUCCACAUCUGCAGAGCUGUCGGUCGUGUUGGCUUGCAGCAUAGGCGGCCGUGUUUCGCGUCGUUCGGUGUCGGUCUUGGUUGCCUUCAAGAGAACAUUGGUGUCGCUCUGGUGGCUGCGCAGUCGGUCAGCGCACCAACGCUGAUGCGGCGGCCUUGCGUGUGGGCGUGAGAGGGGCAACGAUAAUGAUGAUGAGCUGCUGGCAGUACUGCAGCACUGAAAGGCGCUGGGUUUGUGCUGAACGGCUGCAUUCAGAUGCUGGCAGCUGCUCAAGAGGCAGAUCAACACCAGUCGGCGCACCAGCGGGUCAACAAGGUUCAUCAUGCUCAAUAC